AAUUUAGUUUUUUUAAUGUAAAACCAUUUUUUCCCAUAGUUUUGCGCCAAAUUGGCCCGAAAUUUAGAGUCUUUCACUUCGCCGCUGCAUGACUCAAUGCUAAGCCUAAAGGCAAAAACCGCCCUUUACCUCUCCCUCUUUGGAAACGGCUUUCUUUUCUUUUUGAAAAGUUCUAUUCCUUCCUUUGAAUUAAAGUAAAGAAAAAAACGUUUUUAGGGUUUCUUUAAUUCUUUCUCUUUUUAGCCAAUGUUCUUGUAAAUUUCAUGCGCUUCUGAUUCAAUUCGUCGUCGCGCCGUUCUAAAUUAUCUUUCAAUUUUAGGGUUUGUGUGACAUGCAGGCUAUUGAUUCUUAUGCCGUUUGAAUUUCUUCAUUCUCUGCAGUUCCUCAAUUUGGGAAAUACCCUUCUUCGCUUUCCCAGUUGAAUCCUCUUGUUGUUCCAUUUCAGCUUCAGGGUUUAAAGGUCCAUGUCUCAUUCAAUUUGGGUAAUUUGUUGGGGUUUUUGAUUGUUUCUUUUUUCAAUUUUAUUUCAUAGGGCCAAAAACCAAAAAAAAAAAGGAAAAGCUUUUCUUUUUUAUUUGGGCUUAUUUGGGCAGUGUUUUAGGGUUUUUGGUGGGAGUGGGAUGAAUAGUAUAUUCAGUGAACAGAUACUCGCAGAUAAGCUCUCCAAGCUCAAUAGCACUCAACAGUGCAUUGAAACAUUGUCGCAUUGGUGUAUAUUUCACCAGAGCAAGGCAGAACUGGUUGUUGUAACAUGGGAUAAACAAUUUCACAGCUCACAGAUGGUUCAGAAAGUCCCCCUCUUGUACCUUGCCAAUGAUAUUCUACAGAACAGCAAACGUAAAGGAAAUGAAUUUGUUAAUGAGUUCUGGAAAGUCCUUCCAGCAGCCUUGAAAGACCUCCUUGAGAAGGGUGAUGAUCGUGGGAAGAAUGUGGUUUCUAGAUUGGUAGGUAUAUGGGAAGAACGAAGAGUCUUUGGGUCCCGAGCACAAAGCCUAAAAGAUGUGAUGCUUGGUGAAGAAGUGCUUCCACCAUUGCAAUUAAGCAAAAAACGUGCACAGUCUACCUCUGUAAGAAUUGUGAAGCGGGACUCAAGAUCCAUUAAAACGAAGCUGUCAAUUGGGGGCAGAGCUGAAAAAAUAGUUUCAGCAUUUCAUUCAAUGCUUAGUGAACAGCAAAAUGAGGAUGAAGAGAUGAGCAAGUGCAAGUCAGCAGUUCAUCGUGUGAGGAAGAUGGAAAAAGAUGUGGAUAUUGCUUGCGCAAUUGCAAAAGAUCCAAAACGAAAAACUUUGUCCAAAGAACUACAAGAUGAAGAAAAUCUUCUGAAAGAGAGCAUUGAGAAACUCAAGUCAGUUGAAGCAAGUAGAGCAGCACUUGUAUCACAGUUAAAAGAAGCUCUUCAUGAACAGGAAUCUGAGCUGGAGAAUGUUCGAACACAGAUGCUGGUAGCACAAGCACAAGCGGAGGAAGCCUGUAACAUGCAGAAGCGGCUCAGUGAUGAAGAUUAUGUGUCAACAUCUGCUACAACGAUUCAGUCAAUUGAUGCCAAUGCAAAAGCUGGAGAAACACCUAAGAGGACUGCUGCAGCCAUUGCAGCUGAGGUUGCAGACAAGCUUGCAGCUUCUAGCUCCUCUCAAAUGAUCAUGCAUUCUGUUCUUUCUACAUUUGCAGCUGAAGAAGCAAAAAAUGCUGGUCUAAUAAAGGCGUCCACACAGUCAAAGUCCCUCACAUCUGUACCCAUCAAUUCUGUCACUGAUGCAAAUUCAAAAAUGGAGAAGUCAAUGCCAGUUGCAGAUUCUAAUGUUUUUAUGCCAGCACAAGCACUUAAUGCUCCAAUUAACCAUUCUUAUCAAUCAGUUCUGGUGUCUCAACCAGCCAUGCCAAGCCAAACCACAACCUCUCAACCUCAGUAUCACGUGCUUCCUAACAUAGCCACACAGCAGUUUUUGCAGGCAUCAGGGGGAACACUAACCCCAUAUGGUAGUUAUGGUGGUAUGCCACCAUUGCCACCUGUACCACCACCACCACCACCUCCCUACAUGGUUAGUCCAAUGGUACCUUUGACUCCACAGCCAUUGCCAAUAACUCAGCAGCAGCCGAUACCAAUGGCCCAGCAAACGGCCCCUUUGACUCAGCAGCAAUUGCUGCCCUUGACUCAGCAGCAAUUGCUGCCCUUAACUCAGCAACCACCUUUGCCUCCUAGUUUCCGGCCAAUUCAACAGCCUGGAAUGGUGUAUUAUGGUCAUCCGCCUCAUUCAUAGUAGAUAGAAUCUUUUUAGAUUAGGCAGAUGAAAAUUUUGAAAAUUUGUUUGUGACAAAUUGGAAUUGUCGAGGUAAUCACUUGUAGAAGUCCCUGAAUAAUCAUACUAAUAGUUCCGAGGAGCAAUUAGUGACCAAGCAAGAAUUAACAAUUUCUUUUCAUUUUUUUCGUCUCUCCCAAGGUUUGCCUGUCAUCUAUGAUUUGCAAGAAUUAG